GAUUUAGUUUCGCGGUUUAUUAGAAAACGGAAAAAAGAAAAAAAUGUUCGCAAGCAGCAGAAUCUAUGGAGGUGAUUCCAUAUAAAUGGUAAAAAUAAAGUCAGAGCGUUGAUCAGACUCAGAUAGUCGGAUUCUCAAUCGAUCAAAUUCCGCAAGAAACUGGAAAAUUUUCCUGGGGAGAGAAAAGAAAGAACUUAUAGAACUUGGAUUCUUUGGUUUUCUACUAUGGAAAUGGAUCGCGAUGAUUUGAGUGUCCGAUUAUCUGCUCUAUGGAACAUCAUUGGUCUAAAGAGAAGCCUUAAAGAGGACAGAAUUCCUUGCCAAAUUGAAGAGGGUCUGUUCUUAGGCUCUGUUGGAGCUGCCCAUAACAAAGAUGAACUGAAGAAGUUGAAUAUUACUCACAUUUUAACCAUUGCUUGUUCCUUGCCACCUGCUGAUCCAAAUGAUUUUGUAUAUAAAGUAGUUGGUGUCUUGGACACUAGAGAUGCAGAUAUUAAACAACACUUUGACGAUUGUUUCAAUUUUAUUGACGAGGGAAGAAAAUCUGGUGGAGGGGUUUUGAUUCAUUGCUUUGCUGGAAUAUCCAGAAGUGUAACCAUUACAGUUGCCUAUCUGAUGAAAACGCGAGGUAUGAAUCUAACACAAGCAUUGGAACACGUCAAGAGUAGACGACCACAGGCAGCUCCGAACGUCGGUUUCAUGGUUCAACUCAAGGACUUUGAAACAGCUCUUCGAGCUUGCAGAGUUGAUGAGAUGAAACUGUCAAAUGUUUGAGUUCUCAGCAGCCGCAGGUAACUUCUAUUAACAACAGCACCAGAUAUAAAAUUGUCCUCUCCAUAGGGGGAGAGAGAGUGGACCAAUCAGACAACAAUUCAUAACACGGGCCGUGACUAGGCCCAUAAUCAAAUGGUCUGUCUAGAUACGAGCCCCAUAGCAAUCCACUGGAGAGCCCAAAUCCACUUUUCCUGGCCCAUUACCAGACACAGAGGUAAUAGUCUUGACUUGUAGACAGCACACACACACAUGGACAUUCCCCCUUGCAAUUGGAAUAUUUUCAUUUUGCAAGGACUUCCUUCAAAAUAAUUCACUUCUGCUUUUAAGUCCAUAUCAUGUUUCCAAUAAUUAUUUGGAUAAGAUUGCUAACUAUUAAAAGUCUGUUUCCAGCAGCAGCCAAAAAUUAAAAACAAGUGCUAAAAAUAGCCCAUACUAUAUCUAGCUUGAGUAAAUUAAAUUUACUUGUCAGAGAGAAUAACUCACUUCCUUUUUUUACACUGCUUGUGAGGUAAUUUUAAUCUCUCUUAUUUACUUUAUCAAAUUUAACAUAAAUUUGGUUAGAUAGUGAAAUUGCUAUCCUAAUUUUUAGAAGAUUUAUGGCUAGAUUGCUAGAUAUGAGCAUUAUUUAUUUUGGUAUUUUUUAAAAAGAAAAUUGAGUAAAUGUUGGAAUAUGAUUUGAAAUUUUGAAGUAUGAGAACACUAUUGAUAGAGAAAUAAUAGUGGAAAAAGGAGAGGAACCCACAAGGAAAGGAAUGUCUCUAUCAAAGGAAGUGUGAAAAUGCAACGUCCCAAAAAAAAAAAAAAAAA